UAAAAAAAUCAAACUAAUCAGACAUAAGCUAGCAUUCUUAAGGUACACACAAAACUCUAUUAGUUUUUUCACUAGUGUCAUGACACCUACGAAACUCAUCAGACAUAAGCUACAAACAAAGAGCUCAUUCCCAAAAAAUCUUCCAUUUUAUGUUCUGAAUUAACACUCAAACAAGAGUCAAGAAACAAAAGAUUGAAGCUUGCUAUCUGUGCAACUACUUAAGAUUUGCGGAGAAGAAUACCAAGUGAUGGUAGACAACACUCAAUAGAGAGAAACCAAGAUAUCCAAAACUAGUAGAAGAAGAGGAGAGAGAAUUGUGGAAGGAUAAAGAUGGAAGGUCUCAUUCUUGCCGUCUUUGGAGUUGCAAGGAGCCAAAGAAUGUUGUUGACGGCAUGGCUAUCGAUGCAUUGGAGAGGUUUGGUAUUCGUGAAGAACAGAAGUUCCCAUUUCUUGGAAAGGAUCGUCGAGAUGCCAAAAGGAGACUUCCUGGUGAUGCAGGUUAUGAUCCCAGAACUCUUUAUUUGCCCCCUCACUUUCUGAAUAAACUGACUGGCGGUCAGAGACAAUGGUGGGAGUUUAAAUCAAAGCAUAUGGACAAAGUCCUUUUCUUCAAGAUGGGAAAAUUCUACGAAAUAUUUGAAAUGGAUGCACAUAUUGGCGUAAAAGAGCUUGAUCUGCAGUAUAUGAAGGUUAAUAUAUAUUAUACGUUUGAUUUUCCUCCCUUUUCUGUAUUCUUUUGCUAAUUUUUUGAGGAUUUAGCUCCUGUUUAGAGCAAUUAUGUUUGGAAUUUGGUUAUUAUUCUUCUGUCUUAGUCAAAUAGUUUUCCUAAUAGUUAGGAUUAGUUGGUAAUAAUUAGAGACUGUGUUAACAAGUAGUGGUCUAGAUAAUGGUCUAAUUAGUGGGAUAGCAAGUAGACGAAGUAGUGGGCUACAUGGUGAACAUGUUAUUAGUAGUGUUUUGUAUGCCUAUUUAAAGGUUAUUUUGUUUAUUCAUUAUGUGAGUAUGAAAAUAUAUAUUAAAAUGUA